GUCCUCUUCGAGAGAGAGAGAGAGAGAGAGAGAGAGGAGAGGAGAGAAAUGAGCUUGAGUACGGCUUCAUACCUCGCACGGAGGGCAUCUCAGAAGGAGAGGGUGAGGAUCCUCUACAGGCGGGCCCUCAAAGACACUCUCAACUGGGCCGUUCACAGGCAUCUCUUCUAUGAAGAUGCAUCAAACCUGAGGGAAAGAUUCGAGGCAAACAAGCAUGUGGAAGAUAUCAACCACAUCGAUAGAUUGAUCAAUGAUGCCGAAGCAAGUUAUGAUAAGUGGCGACACCCUGAUCCUUACAUUGUUCCCUGGGCUCCUGGCGGCAGCAAGUUUACUAGAAACCCACCACCACCUCAGGGGAUUGAGAUCGUCUACGACUAUGGUCGAGAAGACAACGACUGAAACGAGCAACAUGCUUGUGUCUCUGCUAAUAAAGAUGAGGGUUAGGAUUCAAGAUGUUGUUCUGCUGUUGUUGCCAUUUGUUUCAAUCAGGAUAUGCAAGUACAACUAUUUGAACUUCUAGCACCCUUUCUUUUGUUUGGCUGAACAAGUGCCUUUUUUUUAAAAUAUUCCGUAGUCUUGAUAAAUUGCAAUGCUAUUUGUUUGAAUGAAACUCGAGAAUAUCAAGAUUCCGACUUCA